UUCUUGCCCGUCCGCUCUCGGAGCCGAGCUGUCCCCUUGACCUUGCCCUGUCCUGCAGCCCUGCUCCGCGGCCCGCUCCGCUCCGCUGCCGCACGCACCGAUGGAGGCGCCCGACUACGCCGCCCUCGCGGCCGCCGGCCCUUCCCACCACCAUCACCACUCCCUGCACGCCCUCGACGCCGCCUUUGCCCUGCCCCUUGCCGAGCACGCGCAGCACCCGCCGCCGCCGCCGCAGCAGCAGCAGCCGCAGCAGCACUUCGGCCCGCCCGAUCUGCUCCCACCGCAGCAGCAGCAGCACCACGCUCCGCCGCACAGCGCCUACUCCCAUCACCAGCAGCACCUGUCCUUCGGCGACGGGUCCGACGCCGGGCCGUCCGCCUUCUCCAGCCCGCUGCAGCACGCCGCCUGGCCUCCACCGCCGCAGGCGCAGCAGCUGGCCUUCCACGCGCCGCACUCGCGCUCCGUCUCCGUCUCGUCGCGCGCCCAGAGCCCGUCGAGCGAGCUCUCUGCGGCGUUUGCACUGCCCGUCUCCACCUCGGGAGGCCGCGGCGACGCCGUGCCAGGGCCCGGCUGGACGAGCCGCGUGCCGCCGUCGCAGGGCUCGUCGCGCCGCAUCUCGCGCCUGGCUGCCGCCGCAGCGGGCGUGCCGGUAGAGCAGCAGCUCUUCGACUACGGCUCCUCGUCGCUCGACAGCCUCGCGGCCAAGCCGCUCUCGCGCUCCAGCUCGCGCCGCAGUGGCAAGGAGCAGCCGCCUGCCGCCGCUGCUGCUGCUGCUGCGCCCAAGAUGCCGCGCGCCGUGACGCCCGAGGAAGACGCAACUGCCGCCGCAGAUGCUGCGACGGCGGCGGGCAAGGAGGCACAGCGGCGGCAAAACAGCAGCUGCGACGCCUGCCGGCAGCGCAAGGUGGCGUGCAAGAAGGUGGCCGGCGAGGCCAAGUGCGUGCACUGCAAGGCCAAGGGCAUCGAGUGCACCACCAUCUACAUCCAGCUCGCGACCGGCGGCACGAAGCCGCGUCCCAUCAAGCGGCCACGCACCGGCGGCGAGGACAGUGCAGCCUCGCAGGCGCCCGAGGACAGGGGCCCCAGCCUCGUGCGCUACCUGCUGCUGCGCGACGCCGAGUACAACAUCAAUGUGACGGGCCUCUCUUACGAGACGGGCUCGGCCUCACCGCCGCCAUCGCGGCGCAACGUGCCGUCAACGGCGGCAGAGACUCGCCUGGCGAACACGCAGGCGCGCGCCGACUUCUGCUCUGACCUAAUUGAGACCUACUUCUCCAUCGUGCACAUCCGAUACCCCAUCAUCGACCCGGACCUCUUCCGCAAGCGCUGGCACGACCGCUCGCCGGAGCUGGGCGGCCCGCCGCCCGACGUGCUGGUGGCCGUCAUUCUCGCAUGGGGCGCCAAGUACUCCGAGUCGCCCAUCAUCGUGGCCGACCGCGCCGAGACGGCGCAUGAGCUGACGCCGCGGCAGAAGCAGAAGCGCGAGGCGGUGCAGUCCGCCAAGUCGACGUCGACGCUGCUCACGGCGCCCGUGACAUCGACGUCUGCGACCGAGACGCAGUGGCUCACGGCGCCGCGCGACGUUGUCAAUCCAGCUUCGGCGCGCGAGGCAGCCACUGUCGUGGGCCGCUCGCGCAUCGCCGAGGACCUCAUCGUCAAGGCACAGGAGGUGCUGGAGCGACAAAAGGCACACCGCAUCGCCACGAUGGACAAUGCCAAGGCCUGCCUCAUUGUGCAGGCUCUCUUCUGGCAGCGCGGUCUCGACGAUCCGCGCGGCGCCAUGCAGCAGGGCCUCUCGGGCAGCGAAGGCACGGUGCGCCCGCGCAAGCGCGGCGUGUACAUGUGCAACGGCGUGUGGAUGGUCUCGGGCCUGCGGCAUCUGAUCGAGCUGCAAGUGCACCUGCAGGAGACCGUCAGCCGCAUCGACGACAUGCGCGUGCGCGGCGAGGCCGUCAUGACGUGGUGGCUCGCCUGCAUGAUGGACGCGCACAUGGCUGCCAUGUUCCGGCGCAAGCCGCAUCUCGAUCUCGAGGACUACUCGGUGGAACUGCCGUUUCCGCCGCCCGAGGCGCCCGGAGAGGGUCCUGGCCCGCUGUCCAACGCGCAAAGCCACCGCAUCUGGCUCGACUCGGCGCGCGAGCAAGUGGAGCUGAUGCGCUCCGUCUACCCUGCGCUCUGGACGCCACAUGCGGCGGCCGUCGGUGUGUCGUCGCGCCGCCUCGACGAGCUUGUCACACUGGCCUGUCGCUGGCGCAGCAACCACCUGGCGCUCGUCGGUGCGCCGUCACCCACGUGGCCGUCGAACUGGAGCUUUGCGUCUGCCGUGACGGCGGCGGCGUCGGACAUGAACUACCACCUCGUCUGGAUCUUCAUGUUCCAGGCGAUCGAGGAGUUCGGCAUUGCCGAGCUCAACGCCGCCAAGGCGCAAAGCUCCUACUCGCGCAGCGCGCUGCGGCACGGCGGCAGCGACAUCGAGCUGGACCUCGGCAAGAUCCGCGCGAUGCAGGCGCGCAUCUACGACGAGGCGCUCAAUGCGUCGCUGCGCUGUGCCUCGCUCUCGCAGGUGCUGACGAACAAUGGCUACCUGCGCCUCGAGGCCGGCAUCAUGAAGGUGACGAUGAGCGAGGCCGGCUACUGCCUGGCACACUUCCGGCGCCCCGAGAUUCUCUCCAUCAUCGACGGCCUGCGGCAGUACGGCCAGGCCUUCGAGGAGUGCUACGACCAGGCCGACGCGCUGCAGACGCUCGCCGCCGAGUACAUGGAGGGCCUCGACACGGCCGAGCCGAGCAGCGGCCCGGCCAUGGGUCAGGACGUCGGCUCAUCCGUCGGGCAAAACCACCGGCGCACACAGCCGCUGCCGCAGCGCGGCGCACAUAUCAGCUCGGCGCCGCCGGGCAUGCCCUCGGCGCAGACGUACGGCACCGGCAAUGGCAGCAUGGCCGAGGCGCCGAGCUACUACGGCGUCACCACUUAUACCCCCACGGGCGGCAUCACGCAUCCGGCGUACGGCGCUGUGGCGGCGGGCGGCAUGUCGACUGGCCAUGCUGCGCCGCCGCCGCCGCAGCAACAGCAGCCGCCGCUGCACCACGGCCGCGCACCGCACGGCUACGCUCCGCACGACGGCGCCUCGUACGGCGCCCCUCAACAGCAGCAGCAGCACCACCACCACCAGCCACCGCACCAGACCGCCUCGGCGCAGGCGUACCCGCACCCGUCGAUGCAGAACGGCACGCAUCAGCAGACGUUCUAUUGAGCUGCUGCACGGAUCCCCCAUCCCUCUUUACCCCACCAGACGGCGUCCCGUCAUCUCUUCCUCGUUCGCGGCGCCGCACCAUUAGGCCCGCCUCUGUCACCUGCAUACACCCCGGUAGCCUCUGCCUUUCCUUCGGCCCUAGCACUGGCACACCUGUUCACCCAACGCACCUCCUUCCACCUGGUUACCACCUCGCAAUGGCACUCUGACGUCACCCGCGC